GACUUGUAAGUUAUCAAUUUGUGUUGAUUGUGUAUAUUUACGCAGUAUAAUUUUUAAAAUAGGAUAAACUUGCCGAAGUGCUUGCUCAUUUACCAAAAUGCUCUUCUUUCCAAAAUAUUUGGUGUCAUGCCCGAUUCUUCCUCAAUUUUCGAAUACAACGCUUACACGAUGGUUCGAAUCCAAACGUGGCAACAUCUCUUCUAUGAAAAAUUUCGAUCAGUACUCGAAGCAAAUCUACUUGACUUCAAAGUUGAGAAAGCGAAUCAAAUAUGCGCUACGGUGAUGGAGAGCUGUCCAUUCUUUUCCGAAUGCAACGGCUCUCAUAACUAAAGCUUUGACUCAACGAGGCCUAUCAAUUACGAUGGAAUCUCUGAGAUAUACACAAAAGUUUCAAAUCUGCUAAAAUGUCUACUAGUACAUAAAAUCAUGUAACGGAGAACGUGACGUCUCUGUGCACAAUGACAUAUGAUCACUGAAGCUGGCUUGUAAAUCUGUAAGACGGAUAAGGCGGCGUGUUUAUUUUGCUCACAGCGAUUAUCACUUUUGAGCUAGAGUAAAUUCGUCGUGUUAAGUUUACGAAUCGAUGGACGAGAGGCAGUAUGUGCAAAAUCAAUAUGCUGAUGCCGGAUAAAAAAACUAGGAGGUGAAUGCAAAGAGCAUAUAUUCUGCACAAUUGUGCACGGCUUAGACUGGCACUGAUGAGAAAAUAUGUGGCUCCGUAUUCGAGAGGUUUAUAGGACUGGUGGGAUGCAUUCUGUACAUGUAAUUAUAUUACGGACAUUAUGGCAUCCGUUGCAUUUCGUGUCUUUUGGUAUUAAGUGCGCUAAAUAGUCUAACUAGUUUUAAUUGUAGAGUAAACACUAG